CUCCGUCAUGUCGUCCCGGUGGUGCUGCUGUGGAUGUGUCUGCACAAGAACGUGCUGGGCUGUGGCUCCACGAACUGUAACCUGGUGUUGACGGAGUCCCAGGGGGGAUUCACGUCGCCCUGCUACCCCCAGAAAUACCCCAAUUCCCAGGCCUGUAAGUGGACCAUGCAGGCCCCUGCUGGCUUCAUAAUCCAGCUGUCCUUCCUGGACUUUGACGUGGAGGAGGCGCCGGGCUGCAUCUAUGACAGAGUGGUGGUGAACACAGGAAACAACGAUGUUAAGUUCUGUGGGCUGACGGCCAAAGGACUGACGCUGAACUCGACGGGGAACGUGAUGGAGCUUUUGUUUACCUCCGACUUCAGCGUGCCGAAGACAGGAUUCAGUGUUAGCUUCAUACACGUCGCUGUGGCGCUGAGGAACCAGAAGGUCAGCAUAUCCAAUGGCAAUGGCAAGGUCACCAAAGUCUCCAGCUCUGUUACCAUACCGACACUCAGUCAACUCACACUGUGCUUUGAGGUGGAACGCAACAGCCAGAAACAGAAAGAAUGGCUCUUCACCUACACUGACAGUAAUAGCAAGAAAGCACUGAGUCUGGGCUCCGACAAGGACACCAUGAAGAUGAUUAUUGACGAAGUGGAAUGCUCCAUCGAGUCCAUCAUCUCCUCCGCUGAAUUCACUUCCUCCAUGAAGCCUUUCUGCGUGCUCUGGUCCUCAGCCAACGGCCGCAUAGGGGUUUAUUUCGGUAGCAAAUACUGGACCAAGACCUGCACUCAAUCUCAAGGACGCUCGGUAACAGGAGGUGGAGAGUUCCGGUUAGGAGGGCAGCAUAGCUUCGACGGCAGCGUCUAUAACAUGCGGCUGUGGGAUUACGCCAUGACGGCUCAACAGCUGAACAUGUUAACCUGCGACUCGAUAGGGAACGUCGUCGACUGGGACAACGACUACUGGAGCAUCCCGUCCACUCUGGCCCAGACGGACACCUCGCUCAGCUGCAGUGUCUCCCCGCCCAACACACCACUCACAACCAGCUGUGACUCCCCUGGACUGGGCUGCCCAGAGGAGCUGUACUACCGGCUUUCCUUUGUGGUGGAUGACGGCGGCUCGUCGCUCUCACAGGCUGAUAUCGAGCAAGCUGUGGCUCUCUGGCUGAAUAAAACAUUUCAGAACUGGACACAUGCAGUCUAUAUCGACUCUGUCAGUGUCCAGCCUGGGGUAAAGACUGGAGGUAAAACAAGUUAUUCGUGCCAGGCCCUGCUGGUUUAUUCUUACAUCACCAGUGAGAGUCUGGGGGAAGCUACUGUGUCUGCCAGACUGGCCAGUAAUAAGGAACAGAUAGGUAACAGCCUGCAGAUGCAGACCACCCCCCUCGAUGUCAAAUUAAUUGACAACUGUCCAGAGCAGAGUCAGCCACACUACCGCUGGCCUGAGAGCAGACCCACCGUCACUCAGAACCUGCCCUGUUUCCCCAACAAGGAGCAGAGCACCUCCAGGACUUGUUUGAUUAAUAAACAGAACUACUCCUCCUACUGGUCAGAGGCAGACUUGAGUAACUGCACGGACAUCGACACAAUCGAGGUGUCAGCAGAAAAUGCAGCUGAUGUGGCCGGUCAACUCGCCGUCAUCUCCAACAACGAGCUGUCCAAUGAAGAGGUGUCCAAAGUGGUGACGAAGGUGGGGCAGCUGGUGAAUGUAGCGAAGAUCAACUCCACACUGGCCUCCACCGUCGUCACCAUCAUCUCCAAUGUCAUGACGAGCUCCGAGACGGUGCUCGCUGCCACCUCCGGGACAGCUCUGAAGGCUGUUGAUCAGCUGGCUCAGAAGAUAGAGUUCGAUGGCCCGUCCAUCAGUAUCACCUCCAAGCAUCUAGCUGUGGGAGUCUCGGCCCUCAACACCACUGCGUUCAACGGGACGUCCUUUAGCGCCUUCAUGCUUCCAAACACCACCGACCCACAGAUUCACUUUGAAUCGGAGAGAGUUAACCCGUUAGCUCAGGUCACCCUCCCUGCAUCUCUGCUGUCGAGAGCCUCUCUAAACACAGCCGACAAAUCAUCUAUGUCCAGAAUCAACUUCAUGUUCUUCAACAACAUAAACCUCUUCCAGAAAAAGCAGAACGAUAAGUUUUUGAACAGCUAUGUCGUGGCCAGCAGCGUUGGGAACUUCUCCAUUUAUAACCUCGAUGAUCCAGUAGAGAUCGAGAUCGCUCACCUCACUGAACAGCCCAACGUGAAGCCAAUCUGCAUGUUCUGGGACUUCAGUAUGAACCAUGGAGCCGGAGGUUGGAACAGCAGAGGCUGCAACGCAUCCAAAGAAUCCACCAGCAACAAGACCAUCUGUCUCUGUAACCACCUGACACACUUUGGCAUCCUCAUGGACAUCUCUGGAGUUUCACCUCACAUCGAUCAGCAUAACAACAGGAUUCUGACUUUCAUCACCUACAUCGGCUGCGGCAUCUCCGCCAUCUUCUCCGCUGCCACAUUGCUCACUUACAUCGCCUUCGAAAAACUGCGGCGUGACUACCCCUCCAAGAUCCUGAUGAACCUCAGCACAUCCCUGCUCUUCCUCAACAUGGUGUUCCUAUUGGACAGCUGGUUGGCCAGUCUGGAAACCGAUUGGCUGUGCAUGUCGGUGGCCAUCUUCCUACACUACUUCCUGCUGACCUCAUUCACUUGGAUGGGGCUGGAGUCCAUUCACAUGUACAUCGCUCUGGUCAAAGUCUUCAACACCUACAUACGCAGAUACAUCCUCAAGUUCUGCAUCGUCGGAUGGGGUCUUCCUGCUGUGCUGGUGGGGAUUGUUGUUGCAGUGGAUAAAAACUCUUACAGACUGCAGAAGUAUGGCAAAGGAGACACAGGAGAGGCAUCCUCAGAUUUCUGCUGGAUCGAUAAUAAAGCUGUUUUCUACACCACCUGCGUCGGUUACUUCUGUCUGGUGUUUCUGCUGAACGUGGCCAUGUUCAUCGUGGUGAUGCUGCAGAUCUGCGGCCGCAACGGGAAACGCAGCAACCGCACACUACGAGAGGAGGUCCUACGAAACCUGCGGAGCGUCGUCAGUCUCACCUUCCUGCUGGGUAUGACAUGGGGCUUCGGUCUGUUCGCCUGGGGACCCGUCAGUCUGGCCUUCAUUUACCUGUUCUCCAUCUUCAACUCGCUGCAAGGUCUCUUCAUAUUUAUCUUCCACUGCGCCUUGAAAGAAAACGUCCAGAAACAGUGGAGGAGAUACCUCUGCUGCGGACGCUUCAGGCUGUCAGAUAACUCAGACUGGAGUAAGACUGCCACCAACAACACCAAGAAGGUGAGCUCAGACAACCUGGGCAAGUCUCUGUCGUCCAGUUCUUUCGGCUCCAGCACCGCCAACUGGACCUCCAAGGCCAAAGCUACACUCAACCCCUUCACCAAACGACACAGUAACACAGAUAAAUGUUAUUCCAAUCAGACCAGCCCCAAGUGCGUCUCCUCGUCCUCUACUUCCUCAGAGAUAGAGCCCAACUCCUCUUCCUCCUCCUCCAUCCUCCCCGUCAGUCAGAUGAUCGACAAGGUAAAAGGUUACUGCUCCACACGCUCCGACAACUUCUACAAGAAUAUCAUCAUGUCCGACAGCUUCAGCCACAGCACCAGGUUCUAGAGCGGUCCUGGUGUUCCCAGACCAGA